GUCUCAAAUCGCCUUUCCUGAUUUUAGCAGACGCAGGUCCGACCUGAAGUGAGCUUCACGUUCUCACACAUACACACUCGGGCUGCACGAGGACGCGGGCAGGCAGUCAGAUGUGGGCCGAGCACUCCAGAACUCAUUCUAGAAGCAAUGCUGUGGCCGACCCUGUGAUCACUUACGUUUAAGAAAAGGUUGCAGGGAAGGAGGACGCAGCAGAAUGGCAGUUUUUAAGCUGGAUAAUGUGGAGGAUCUGUAUGAAAUCGGAGAAGUACUGGGCAGUGGUCACUUUGGGCAGGUGCGAGCCGUGCGUGAGCGAGCUACAGGAACUCCGUGGGCGGGGAAGUUUCUGAAGCUACGGAAAGGUGUGGGCAGUCGUCUGGGUCUGGAGAGGAAGAGCGUGGAGAAGGAGGUGGAGAUCCUCCAGAGUCUACAGCACCAAAACAUCAUGGCCAUCAAAGAUGUGUUCGAGAGCAGGGCAGAGGUGGUCCUGAUCAUAGAGCUCAUUAAAGGCGGUGAACUCUUUGACUUCAUCGCUGAGAAGGAGAGCCUGACUGAGACAGAAGCCAUCGAGUUCCUGAAGCAGAUUCUUGAGGGAGUGAGCUACAUGCACGGCAAGCACGUCACCCAUUUCGACUUAAAGCCUGAGAAUAUCAUGCUGUCGGAUAAGCACGCCCCAAAUCCAGACAUCAAGAUCAUAGAUUUUGGGAUGGCCCACUGCUUCAUACAGGGGGAGGAGUAUAAGAGCAUGGGCGGUACCCCUCAGUACAUCGCUCCAGAGAUCAUCAAUUUUGAGCCCCUGGGCACAGCUGCAGAUAUGUGGAGCAUAGGAGUCAUCACCUACAUUCUGCUGAGUGGUUUAUCACCGUUCCAAGGAGAGACGGAUGAGGAGACGCUGAAGAACAUUGUGGCAUUGACCUACGAGUUUGAGCCACACUAUUUCAGCCGCACCAGCUCUAUGGCCAAAGAUUUUAUACAGAAGCUGCUGGUCAAAGAUCAGAGGGAGAGGAUGACUGCGGAUGAGUGCUUGCUUCACCCUUGGAUUACGCCUCUCACCAGGACGCAGCUGGCCAAGAGGAAUCGCUCCUCCAUCAACAUGAAGAACUUUAAGAAGUUUAACGCUAAGAGGAAGUGGAAGAUGUCCUAUAACAUGGUGUCGGCCUGUAACAGGCUGUGUAAGCUCAAGUUGGUGUGCAAAACAAGUGCUUUGGAAAAACAUGAUCUGAGAGAGUGUGAGAGUGACCAGGAGGACACUGAGACCAAAACAGCCUCUCUUCUUCGCCGUCGACUCAGCAGCAGUUCUUAGAGCCGUCCACCGGGAGGAGUUACAACACUAAUCCCUUCCUACAGUCCUCCCUGUGACCAACAUGGGAAAGAAAAUGGCUGAUUUCCAGAGGUCUUGUCACUGCUUUCCAAACCUUGUAAAAUCUCUAUCUUUAGGCCUCGAUCUUCAGUGUGUCAUUUCCUGAACACCAGCUGUGUUUCCAGCAGGAGACAUCACUUCAGAGAAGUGGGACAGGGCUAUGACGUUGUCACGGCCACCUCCAAACUAAUAUGCAAGUUUAUUCAUGGACUGCUACCUCCGAGAUGCUAAACAAUGAUGCAUCAGCUUGAAGCGCCUGAGUAAAUCAGGAUGGAAGACUUUUUUAAGGAUGUACUUGUUGAAAUGGUUUGAAAUUCUAUCCAUGCUACUCCGAUAACAAACGUUUACACCCUGGAAAACCUGGAAAGGUCUUUGUGGAAUUGGAAAUAAAAACACAACCAGAAAGUAUUUCAGCUCAAGCUCAGUUUCAAACUGCAAGAGCUCCUGUUUAUCUGAGAAAGUUCUUUAAGAGCUGUUGAGGAAUGGGGAGGUUCCUGGGCUGCGUGCCUUAACUGGUGUAAAGUAAUGAAACAUUCUUGACCUUUGAACUCAGUAACAGUGAUAUCACAUGUUAUCCAGCCCAGGAGACUUUCUCUUUAGUGCCCCACCUAAAGCCGCCAUCGGCUUAAAUAACACAUAAACACGCACACACACACACACAUAUCUGCUGCAGUGGGCUUCAGCCAAAGGCAGAUUUUUGUGGAAUUUGGCUCAGCGCCAGGUUGUAACUCAAGGAAAGUGUAGAGGAGAAACACCCAGUGUCUGAUUGCUUUGCUUUUGCUUACAGUCUCUUUUAUAGUGGUCGUGGUUGUCUAUAUUCCAAAUAUCUAAGUGUGCUUUCACACAAACCUUUUUUGUUCCAGACCUUUAGACUUUUUGUUUUAGUCUGAACCAAAAUAGUAGAUGUAAAAGGUGUUGCAAACCAUGGUCUGGUUCCUUUGCAGAACUGAGAAGAAGUAGAACAGAGCUAAAUAUUAUUCAGCAUGAUGCAUUUUGUUUUCUGCCAAAUAAUUUAACCACUUAUAAGCAGGAAUAAAAAUAAUAUUUAACAAACAUUGCUGCAGAUUAAGUCCAUAUUCCAAAAGAAUAAUUCACUUUGUGAUACAAGUUCCAAAUUUAGCAUUAUUAAUGACUUGGACCUGCAUUAUUGGAAAGGCAUGUUAGCCACCUUGAAAUCCAAGAUGGCAGUAUUAAAAUCCAGUGAGACCAUGUGAUAAGUGAUGAAUGUGAAAUAAAGGUUUUCAGUGUAGAAAUGUAAUAGCUAGACACAUUGUGGUGAUCUGGGCACUGUAUAAUGUGUAAUGUGUCAUGACAAAUUCAUCAGUGUCCAAAAAAAUCGAAAAUACUGACUGUAUGUGCAACUAUACCGUUAUCCAUGCUAAUAUUAUUAUUAUCAUCAUGGACACUUUCAUCACCACAUUACUAGUCCUGCAGUUGUCGAGAUAUCAACAUUGUUUUAACAGAUUGUUCAGUCUCACCUCUCUGUGGAGGUGCAGAUUUCAUAAAAACUUCUCAUUUCUGUUUUUUUUUAAUAAGGGAUGAAUGAUGAGCAAAAGUGCACACCCAUCUACUGUACUUCUGCAUGACCAAAUUACACCGUUUCAAAUACACUAUCUCAGGCCAGGCCCCUGAGGAUACAUACACUGCUGUUUUGACCCACCCUCUUUUGUCAUUUUAUUUUUAUCCCUCAUUCCUCCCAUUGACUCCCUUUCAUUUUCGCCCAGACCAAAUCCCAGUCUUCCUUUUGCCAAACCACCAAACUUGCCUGCACCUCAGAACUGCCUGCAGGUCCUCAAUUUAUGGCAGGUAACUGAGCCAUACUGAUCUGCAAGUCCAAAAAAUAUUACAAAAAAAAAAACUCACAAAACGUUUUUUUUAAAUUCAGUGCAAAAACACACUAUUUAUACAAUUAAUUGGCUUAUAUCAUGAUAACAAUUCACAAUUUACAAUGUCUAAAUACAGAAUUUAAUUUCCCUCAGAAACUUAUAUUUGGACACAGAGAUUAUUAAAAAUUCAGAGAAAACGAACACAAAGAAAGGUGGCCAUCUUGGAAAAAACAGGUCUAUAAAAGGAUUUGUACCAUAUUUUAUGCUUCUAUAACAAAGUGAACGAUUAUUUCGCUGCAGCACUAAAAGUAAUCCUGCAUUGUAUCUACAAUUAAUAAUGUAAACUUUCUUAUCUCAACUGCUUGUGAAAAAUCGAAAUUAAAUCUGAUUGGCACACGAGUGCUUAUGUUAUUGCUUACCCUGCUGGUGGUCUUAAAUGUGAAAUAUUAGGGGGGCUUUUGUAAAAAAUGCUUUUAAAAAAUCUGUUAAAGCUAUGCAAGUGAUUCUAGAAAUCAUAAUUGUAUGUAGUUUAAUCCACAUGACCACAUUUCCAUCCUAAAUGCAUAAAAACAUUGCCUGCACAUAUAACUGUCUAAGUUGUGAGGUGUUAUCUUGUGAGUGAACUUGUGAAACACUGGCCAGCGUGCUUAAUAUAUAAAACACUCCAUUUCUGAAGUUGUGCAGGCAUUUAACACUUCUCAUGGCAUCCACAGUGCCACUUGUAUAACAGGAAUAUGUCAUAGAAGACAUUACAACCUACAGUGGACAGUACAGUGGAUGGGUGGUAAUGGACAUAAUAGAUCAUGUCUGACAUGUCUGUAGAAUGGUCCCCAUUCUACAGAAACACAUUCAGUGCAUGAGGCCCCAUACAUAUAUCCCUCAGAGGUCAGUGCAGCAGUCGUUAUGCUUCCAUGGGACACGACAAAAAAUCAUGGGACACCAUAAUAAUACCUGUGUACCAUGACAUUUCACAUGUCAGUGUAUACACUGGGUUUAUUUGACUGCUUUAUAGUAUAGUAUAGUUAAGUAUAGUAUAGUGUAGUAUGUUUUUUUUAGUGGUUUUGUGCAAUGAACCUUGACUGGAGAGCAAUGGAAUUUUCCCAUUGUCAGCAACACUGCAUUACUGCAUUUCUAAUCCCUAGUAAUUAAACCCGCUGGGUGGACGCUGUACUUUAGCUUGACCUGCUUGACCUGCAGUUGUUUAGACUCUUUAAAAUUAGAGACAUUGAGUGAAAUAAAAAAAAAUAUAUAUAUAUAUAUAUAUAUAUUUCUAGGUACAAAAAACAACAAUAUUGUGAUGGAAACAAGAUAACAAGAUGAGCCCAAGCAUAGCCAUUUUGAACAAGUAAAAAUUGACUCAACAUUUUAACCUUCAUUUGUGCUCCACUUUCCGUUAUAGUUCUAAUGCCAAGGUAUGACAGCUAGCAUUAAAUGCUGUAAAUAUGACAGAAAUAAAAAUGUCCCCUGUAGUUUAAAUAGAAGUUAAUGAUGCAAAUUAAAAAAGAGGCCCAUGCCCAGAUAACAUACCCAUGUGAGGCAUGUAUAAGGAAGCCAAAUAUUGACCCCACAAUAUUGUCACUGUCCAAUGAAAACAUGUAUCUCCAAAACAGCAACUUUACAGGAGAGAGAUAAAACCUUCUUCGCUUUCAAUGCACUGUAAACCCAUACGUUGUUUCAACUCAAAUGAUUUAAGUCUGUUUUACAUAAAAUUAGACAUUUCUAAACAUUACUCAACUAUUUUGAGUUAGUUGAACAUUUGUGGGCACAUAUACAUUCAAACUGAGAUCUUAGAGUUGAACCCACUUAUAAUAACUGAGUUUAGUCGUCUUUGGCAGCUUCUUUUCCAUCGGCUUCUGUCACAAUCUAUUUGCAUACUGGGUGUGUCCAACAGUUUCUGACACUUACAAUCAGUGUGUAGUGAUUCCCCCUGGGCUACCUUAGAAAUAAAUCAACUUCCCUUUUAGUUGUAAUAACUUGAUGUUUUAAUUUAUGCUAACUCAAGUUUUCAUUCCCCAUUUUUUUUUU